AUGCCCACUAUUCAUUCUGCAGUAUAUGCGAUUGCUUGGGCACAUAAGAAGGCGGGGAAGAAAUCCCCAACAGAACACACACUGGUUAAGCAAAUGAUUGAAACUAGUCGGCGAAUUGUGGGGCUGAAACCUGUGAAUAGGAAACAGCCACUGGAGGCCAAACAUGUGAAAGCUAUCAUUGUUAAGUUUGGUGACGGGAAUCUGAGACAGCUGCAGAUAGCAACAUUAAUCACUUUGGGAUUUAGUGCAUUUCUGAGAUGGGAUGACUUGUCUAAGUUAGAGAGGCAAGACAUUGCAAUGGAAAAUGAUCACAUGAAAAUAUUUCUGGUCAAGCGGAAGAAUGACCAGUACCGGGAAGGAUCUUGGAUUCUUGUUGCCCGCCCAGGCAAAAUAUCAUGUCCAGUUAAGUUGCUUGAGAAAUUUCUACGAAUGGGGAAACACAGGCAACAGGAUAAACUGUUCAGAAAGAUUUCUCACACAUCUAAUGGAAUGCAACCGAGAAAAUCCCCCUUGAGUUACAGCAGAGCUCUGGAACUAUUCAAGAUUCAGAUAUCUAGUAUUGGUUUGAAUCAAUCUGCUUAUGGCUUACACAGCUUACGUUCUGGUGGUACAUCCGAAGCAGCCGCGUGGGGUAUACCUGAUCGUCUGAUCCAGCGACAUGGGGGAUGGAGAUCUGAGAAAUCUAUGAACAUGUCAUUAAAGAGACACAUACUGUCACAUAACACCCUAUUACGAGUUUCACAGAGAUUAGGCUUAUGA